UAGUACCUGCCGCGCGGCGCGGGGAGGCCACCUGCGCUGGAGGCUGGAGCCCGUGCGCGGAGGGGCGCUCCAGGCCGGCUCGGGAGGACUGUCGGCGGGGAGCCGGGAGCAGGCGAGGGCGCCCGCGGUGCCGGCCGCCGCGAUGUCGGCGCAGUGCUGUGCGGGCCAGUUCUGCUGGUGAUCCUGUUUUUCCAAGUCAGGAAAAGGGACUGAAUGAAGGGCGGGGCCAGAUUUGAAGAUUUCUUUCCUUUGGCAGUUUGGACUGAGUUUAGACGUCCUAAAGCCAGCUUGGCUCUCUACAGCCCUCGAGGAAUAUGUCUUUUAGAUGAAUGGUUUCCACAUUGCCGAGGAAUUCACACACCCAAAAACGAAAGCAUCAAAACGGAAAAAAAUGUGACCCACAUUUGUGGUGGUUCUUGUGACAGAGUGUCCUCGGUACUUUGCCGUCUCCCUGAGUGGAGCCCAGGGAGCAUGACUUAAUGUGACGCCUGGGCCAUCGCCAUGAAUGAGUUCUCUCAUGCUGAGUGAGCCGUACCUGACAGAACGGAGACUGUGAAGCAAUUAGAGUGAUGCUCACAGUUCCUGUGGGUUGGCCUGCUGCUGUGGGACUGCUGGCUGCUCCCUCUGCUGUGGCUGUUGCCCCAAGAUCCGACAGUCCCGGAGUACCCGCUUCAUGUAUGCCCUCUACUUCAUCCUCGUCUCUGUCCUCUGCUGCAUCAUGAUGUCACAAACCGUGGCUAACGAGAUGAAAGAGCACGUUCUGAACAAAUCGACAAAAAGACUACAGUGUCAGCAGAUUCCUUUUUACGAAGACAUCUGCAAAGGCAUUAAAGCCGGGGACACCUGUGAGAAGCUGGUGGGGUACUCUGCGGUGUACAGAGUCUGCUUCGGAAUGGCCUGUUUCUUCUUUAUCUUCGGCCUCCUGACCUUAAACAUCAACAACAGCAAAAGCUGCAGAGCCUACAUUCACAACGGCUUUUGGUUCUUCAAGCUCCUGCUCCUGGGGGCCAUGUGCUCCGGCGCGUUCUUCAUUCCCGACCAGGAGACCUUCCUGAAUGCCUGGCGCUACGUGGGAGCCAUCGGGGCCUUCCUCUUUAUCGGCAUCCAGCUCAUCCUGCUCGUGGAGUUCGCACACAAGUGGAACAAGAACUGGACUGCAGGCACAGCUCACAACAAGCUGUGGUACGCCUCUCUGUCCCUGGUGACUCUCAUCAUGUACUCCAUCGCCGCCGGAGGCUUGAUUCUGAUGGCCGUGUUUUACACACAGAAAGAUGGUUGCAUGGAGAACAAAAUCCUCCUGGGAGUGAACGGAGGCCUGUGUGUGCUGAUUUCACUGGUCGCCAUCUCGCCCUGCGUCCAAAACCGGCAGCCACACUCCGGGUUACUGCAGUCGGGUCUCAUAAGCUGCUAUGUCACAUAUCUCACUUUCUCAGCUCUGUCCAGCAAACCUGAAGAAGUGGUUCUGGACGCCCACGGGAAGAACAUCACGAUCUGUGCGCCUGCCUUUGGUCAGGACCUGUACAGGGACGAGAACUUGGUUACUGGACUGGGUACCACUCUCCUGUUUGCGUGCAUCUUAUAUUCCUGUUUGACAUCGACCACGAGAUCGAGUUCGGAUGCUCUGCAGGGGCGCUACGCAGCGCCCGAACUGGAAGUGGCUCGGUGUUGCUUUUGCUUCGGUCCCUACGGAGAUGCUGAAGACCCGCAGAAUAUGAAAGAGGGGCCGGGCGUCAUUUAUGACGAGAAGAGAAGCACCGUCUACAGCUAUUCCUAUUUCCACGGAGUCUUCUUCUUGGCUUCCCUCUAUGUGAUGAUGACCGUCACCAACUGGUUCAACUACGAGAGUGCCUACAUCGAGACCUUCUUCAGCGGGAGCUGGUCCAUCUUCUGGGUCAAGAUGGCCUCCUGCUGGGUGUGCGUGCUGCUGUACCUGUGGACGCUGGUGGCGCCGCUCUGCUGUCCUACCCGGCAGUUCUAUGUGUGAGGCCUGCCGUCUGAAGGGACGUCCUUUGAGCAAGUGUCCCAGGGGUCUGAGCAUGGACGGGCGCUUUUCGAAAAGCUGGCUGGCUUCCCCUGGCUUUCAGGGGGAGAAAAAUCUCCUGAUGAGCUUUUUAAUCCUGAAAUUCGAAAAGAAACUACCAAGUUAUCCUGAAAGAAUUGAAAAUUUCAACCACGCUGGUCCUGAGUGAUGCUGAUGUUUUGUAUGCGUGUAACCCCUAGACACUGGGGUGGUAGUUAGGCGAGUAGUUUCCUUCUGCAUGUGUUUACCAAAACCGUUUGGAUCUCACAGGGGUGGAAAGUUUACCUUGUGUGGCCUCUCAUUCUUCUCCUUGGAAUAGAAAACAUGCCAACAUCUUGAGCCUUCAGUCCCUGACGGCAUGCAGACCCCCGUGCACACCCGGGCCUGUGGGACCCGCACACAGCCCCCUGGUGUUUAUAGGGCACAAGAGGCAGCACCUGCUUUUCACCCCACGGGUGCUGCCUCCUCCGGGCCCGCAGACGUCUCCCGUGGGAGUUGUGAUGCUGGGAGUCACAUCUGCCAUGGUCCUUCUGUCGCCCUUCCUCGGGGUCUCCUCAUCCUUCCUGGGUUCAGUAUCUUUGUUAUGUGACAAAGCACAGUUUGCUAUCACCACCUGUGUGACCCCCUUCCUCCCCCCAGUAUUAUCACUACCUGAUCAGAGUCACUGCAAUAAUUACGACUCUUAUUUGUGAAAUUAUUCAUCAUGAUAGAACAAUAUUCAUGUUGUUUUCUUUGUCUGAACGAUGGAAAGCUACGGUCUUACUUGUUUUUGCCGUUAACAGUCAUCAUACUUCAGAGCCUUCCCCGGAAGGUCGCUUCCCAGCUGAAACCUGCUGCACCCCUUUCGGUGGUAAGGUCAGCCCCCCAGUUUCUCCUUCCACCUUGCAGCCUUUGCCAUGGUAAAGGCAGAGGGCUUUUGAUUUCCAGGUGUGUAAUGGGGCCACGCUGUCAAUGUCCACUGUGGGGCUUUGGCGUAGAUUUGCAGAGGUGGGGAUCGUGGGCAGCGCCUCCGACAGGGCUGACCGGUCAGAUACGCCGGUUAAACAAGUUGUAGACGUGACCAAGUAUACUUCGAAGGAAAGGUGGGCCGAUGGUGGGGCUUUUUAAUGGAGCCAUCACUAACUUCCACGGAAAUUUCUAAAAGACAUGCUUGUAAGCUAAUACAAGCUAAUGAGAUAUUGGACUUCAGGCAGCUGCCCAAGAAGAUGUCCAUUUUCGGUGCUGAUGCUCUCAGGCAGGAAAAGAGUUUCCUUGGUGGAAAGUCUGUUAGAGACCCCAGUGGAGAGGCCUCGGGGUGCCCUGUUCGUGUCUUGCAGGAGGGAAAGACUCCUCAAGCUCCCUGGCAGAGAAGGUCUGAGGUGGAUAAGAUGGUCCUGUGCCCUACUGUAUGAGCUGGUCAGAAUUUGAUCUCACGUAAAGCUGGCUUCCAGUGUGCCAAAAAGCUGGCUUUGGAAAUUAGCCAAAUCCUUCAUUCCUACCUUUUUGCGUCCUCCGAGGAAAACAAAUACAAUGGAUGGAUUCUUCUGGGAACUUGCCUUCCUCACAGUGUCUGAGGUUCAGUGUUAAAAGGCACUUGUGUGUGAGAAAGAGCCUUUUGUCAGGCCAGGAGCUCUUUGCGCUCAGCAGUGGAAAGAUGAUCUGGAGCCACAAAGUGAAGAGCCGCCACGGGCAGCCCUGGUCCACCCCAUGGCAGUGGAGUGUGGGCGUGGGCACAGGUGGAGGGAGUGGGGCUGGGUGUGCGGCGGCAGCAGCUUCCUGGUUGCUGCAGUGGCCAGCGCAGUGACCCAGGGCUCGGAGGAAGGGAGAUGGGCUUCAGGAAAGACCACAAAAGGAGGCGGGUCAAGAUCUGGGGUUGUAUCAGUGACUAGCUUUGUUGUGUUUUCUUCUUGCUAGUUGGGUCUGGUAGCCAGCGAUGUGACUUUGGUCCUUACAGCAUGUCAGGAUCAAGCAGACAAAGUUGAGUAUUCCUUGACCCCCUCCCUCUGCAGAAAAGUGCCCAGGGAAACACAAAAGAAAGCCCAUUGCCAACUGUCACUGAAGCUGACUCAAAAAAGCGCUUCCUUCCUUAGCUUGCCCAGCCAGGCCACGGUUUCCAGAUGCUUAACACUUGGUGUGUGGCCUGUAGUUUCUUUCUGAAAUUUGGUCUGACAUAAGAGGCACCAUUACAGUCACUGGGUUUUUUUGUUUUUAGUUUUUUUUUAUUCUCAACGGAAAAUGUAAGCAAGUGUAUCUGAAUGGUCAAGAGAGAUGUGGAUGUACUCUGAGGACUACGGGCAUAUACAUUAAGUUGACGUUCAUGAUUAUUAACUGUAAUAAAUACUACUCAGGUGAUGAGUCAACGUUCAAAUAGAGGUUUAAAGAAGCCUACGUUUUUGUGCUGUCGCUAUUUAAGAAACUGGAAAAACGGUGCCAAUUGCUUGGAAUUGCUAUAAAGAUGGUGUUCACUUGAUAAGUCCUUUUUUAAAAUAAUCGACUUUUGCUUCUCAACUUUUUGUACAUAAUUUAAAAAGUGCAUCCCUAGAAGGUGCUGGUCAGAUUCCUUUAGUAACGAAAGCCCAACAAGUUU